AUGGCGAGUUUGGACGUCGAGGCCUUGCUGGCCGCCACGGAGAAGGAAGCCAACGAGAAGAAGCUGGCGAUGCAGGAUGAACGCCACGCCGGAGACGACAAGAAAGGCGGCUCCGACCGCUCUCGUGACGACAACCGCAGCCGCCACCGCGACCGCCGCAACGAUGGCGCCCGCAGCGACACUGGUAGCAACAGCAGCCGCCACGGCAAUCGAAGCAGCCGAGAUGGACGUCGCGACUACAACAGCCACAGCCGACGCGACGGAGACUACUACCGUGGAGGACGUGGCCGUUCUCGAUCCCGCUCCCCUCGUCGCCACUAUCGAGAUGACCGUGACCGCCGCGAUCGUCGUGAUCGCUACGACCGACGAGACCGCCACGACCGCUCUGACCGCCGCCCUGCGGAUCACGGCAGAGGACGCGAAGCCCAAUCCAACACCCCCCCACCCAACGAGCGUGACAGCCGCACCGUCUUUGUUCAGCAACUCGCCAACCGCGUGAGAACCCACAAACUCAAGGAGUUCUUCGAGAAACACGCUGGUCCCGUCAUCGAGGCGCAGAUCGUCAAAGAUCGCGUCAGCGGAAGAUCCAAAGGUGUUGGCUAUGUUGAGUUCAAGGAUGAAGAGACCGUUCAGAAGGCUCUUCAACUCACUGGCCGUCCUCUCGAAAACAUCCCAAUCAUUGUGAAGCUCACUGAGGCAGAGAAGAACCGCCAAGUCAAGAAGCCAGACGACGGCGGUCAAUCCAGCUCUGCCCCCUUCCAUCGCCUGUAUAUUGGCAACAUCCAUUUCAAUGUGACUCAGGAAGAUCUCGAGGCGGUCUUUGAACCGUUCGGCGAACUUGACUUUGCCCAGCUGCUCAUGGACGACAACGGUCGCAGCAAGGGUUAUGGCUUUGUGCAAUACAAGGAAGCUGACAACGCCCGAGAGGCAAUGGAGAAGAUGAACAACUUCGAGCUCGCCGGCCGCCCCAUCCGUGUUGGCCUGGGCAACGAGCGCUCCGGUGCUGGUGCUGACGCCAGAAACCACGGCCCUAAUGGAAACUUCCAGGGCUCCGCCUUUUCCGGUGCCGGCGGCCGCGGCCCAACCGCAGCGUUUGACCGCGCCGGCGGUCGUGAUGACCGAAACGGUGGUGGCAGCGCUCUGGACGACACCGAUGUCGCAGGGGUGAACUUCAACAACUACAGUCGAGACGCGUUGAUGAGAAAGCUUGCCAGGACCGAAGAGCCAGCCGGUGGCAGAGACGAUGCCCAGGCUGCGAAGCCUCGUGUCGACGUCAAGCCCUUGCCGGUCAAUGUCAACACGGCGAGCCGAUGCAUCGUGCUGCGAAACAUGUACGACCCGGCCGAGGAGCAAAGCGAGCAGUUCAUUCAGGAACUCGAAGAAGACGUCAAGACCGAGUGCGAGGACAAGUAUGGCCGCGUUGUGCACAUUGCCGUCGACCGAAACACCCCCGGCGAGGUCUACCUCAAGUUCGACAAGGUCCAAGGCGGCGAGAACGCCAUCAAGGGCCUCAACGGACGCUACUUCGGAGGCCGCAUGAUCAACGCAUCCCCCGUCGUGGAUGCCAUUUACAGCAGCAUCUUCUCUCGCGCCCGAGCCGUCUAA